GCGUUCGGCUGCGGUGCGUGCCUGCUCAGCAGCAGUGUGUCCAACAUGGCGGCAAUCCGCAGACAUUAUCGCUUCCCCGUCUUCGGUGUUGUCCGCUUUACCGACCGCGAGCUCACCGUCUGAGGGGCCCGAGGCGCACCGGAGAAGACAUGGACGGCCUGGGCAACGCUAAUGUGCCGCUAGGCAGCGACGAAACCGCCGGAGACGAGGACGACGAGGAGUCUUCUUCCUCCACCGCGCGGGCCGGAGUCGACUUGCAAGCCGAGCUAGACAACUUCCGCGCCCGAUGGCGAGACGAGCUCACUGCGAGCCCAGGACUGUCCCAUGAACAGCAGCAGCGGCGUAAGCGACAGGACAGCGAGUCGGAUGACGACUUCAACCAGGACCUGGAGGAACGCGCCAAGCGGCUGUUCCUGAAGGGGGUGUCAGCCGAGCAGGAUGGGAACCUGUACGAAGCUGUCAAGUUCUACAAACAAGCUAUCCAGCUUGUACCCGACAUCGAGUCCCACAUCACGGACUACGCCGAGCGGAAAUCUGACGACGACUCGGAUUCCUCGGAUGAGGAGGAGGACCUGUCCAGCCCGGACAUGGAGGACGCAGACCUGCUGUCCCAGUUCCACCGUCUCACAGUGUCCGACGGGCGUCUGUGCCAGGCGAAUCUCCCGCUACGCCAGACUCACAUCUCUGCUCUGCCUGCUGAACUGCUUACCUAUAUCUUCAGAUGGGUGGUGAGCAGUGAUCUGGACAUGCGUUCCCUGGAGCGUCUGGCGCUGGUGUGUCGAGGGUUCUACGUGUGCGCGCGGGACCCUGAGAUCUGGCACCAGGCCUGCCUGCGAGUCUGGGGCAUCAACUGUGGUACCCCGUCCCAGUAUGGCAGCUGGAGGGACAUGUACAUCAACAGGCCACACUUCAGAUAUGAUGGUGUAUACAUCAGUAAGACGUCGUACGUGCGGCCAGGAGAGCAGGGCCUGGACACGUUCUACCGCCCGUUCCACGUGGUGGAGUACUACCGCUACAUGCGCUUCUUCCCGGACGGGACCAUGCUGCUCCUCACGUGCGCCGAUGAACCACACGUAGUCGUGCCCAAGCUGCGAGGGAAGGGCGCCAGUGUGACGGGCAUGUACACCGGACACUACCGACUACAAGGUGACAAGAUGGCUGCUUACUUGAAGAAGCGUAACCCCUACGAGCAGAACCAGUACUACCGGUACACCCGGGGUUACCUGAGGUCGCGGGAGGCUGUGUCACAGACGGAGCAGAGCUUUCAGGUGGAGAUGAGACUGGCAGAUGUGGGACAGCGUAAGAACGCCAAGCUGAUCUGGGUGCGAUACUCGUGCCAGAUCCUGAACAAGCGUACGCGAACCACGUCCGUCACCGACUUCGACCUCGACAAGAAGUACCCGCCACUGGUCUUCUCACGUGUCAAGAGCUACACGGCGGCCGCAUCAAGCCCGCUGUAGGAGGAAUGGAUGUCAAAACUGCUGCAAUAGACCGAUCCUUAGGCAUAGGGAAAAAACUUUUGUGUUUCCAUUUUCCUGAGCAAUCCUAGCAAAAAAUUGUCUUUGUUUUCUUUUUGGUCAACUGCUGACAAAGCCGUAAAAUCUGAAUUUCAAAUCCUCUGAAAUGUUACUUCAUGCAUUUUCACAAGCAAAUUUUUAUUCGGGAGAGACAUUUGUUCCUUCCCCUCAAGCAAAGGGAGGGACGGGUCCUUGAGACAGUCCUGGUCCUGAUUCAUUUCUGUAAUACAGUGUUAAAAUGUAUUUGAUGGAUCACUUUCACAACAGAGGUGGGUGGGGUUAUGGGAUUCGGUCUACAAUCCUUUUCACUGUCAUUUUCCUUACUUUGUCUUAUAGUCAAAGACAAAAGUAAUGCAUGAUGCAUUGAUGAAUGAUUUUUUUUCUCUGGCAUCUUCAAAAAAAUAUUUUUUUCUGCCAUUUGAGUUCACUCUUGUUUUGAUAUCUGUACAUUUUGGUUCUUCAGAAUCCAUAUUCUAUUGGAUUUUCAACUUAUUCAAGCAAAGCAGCUGUGUGGAAUAAAAAGUACUUCAAGUGUAAAUUAAAAACCCAAAAUACAUGCACAAUCCUUAAAAAUUGAGAUUUAAGUCAGCAAGCUCAAUGGCAUAUCAAUUCGAAGGGUAUGAAAUUGUUUUUGGAAUUCAACUACUUCAUACACAAGUACUGUCAUUUCAAAUAACUGGGGUAGAGUGUGUGUGAGAGGUAAAGGAAAAAACGCUGGAAGCAAGAUGAAGAAAAAAAUAGACCAUAAAAAAAUCAAGUCAAAGGUAGCAAAAAGACCCAAAAUUACUUUUUGUCUGUCCUUCAAAAUUAUGUCCUUGCAAAUCAUGACUUGUCACUGAGACCUUUAAUUUUAACUUUUUAAACACUUUAAGAUAUAAAGAACUUAUGUCUCAAAGAAUUUGGUGGGAAUAAAUUCAUUAAAAGACUGAUAUAAAAUGGUUGGCCAUUCUUUAAGCAGUUGGGCUGUCAAAGAGUUCUCUAUCAGUUGGUGGUGUUGGUAUUUAGGAGUGAAUGUUUUUCCACCCCUAACCAGCUACAUGGUGACUAAAUCAUCUUUUUACUGACAUGACUAUUUUGCUUGUAAUGGAGAUCAGUUGGUGUGACUUCUUUCUCUUGUGAAAGAAUAUCUGAUCAAGACCUGGACAGCUUGAGCUUGUAUUGCACAGACCAGCUCAUCCCUUUUCAAAAGGUUUUGUGACCUGUGGUCAGUUGACAUGAGGAUAGCAACAGACUUGCCAUGUUUUGCUUUGCAAAGGUGUCAGAGCAUACCAAAAAGUUGUA